AUGGGAUCUGUGGAGAUUCUUCCCCUCCUCCCAUCUACCGAGGAGAAUCGUUCGCAAAACGUCGGGCCCCCGUUACAUGGCAAGAGCGAGCACCCAUCUCUCAUUUCCAAGACACGGGACGAUACGAGCACCUAUACCGAGCCAUCUAAGAUUGACAGUCGCAAGCCGGUGGUUGUUACGAAACCGGACGGGCGGCCCCACGACGCAACCGCACCGAUACGAGGUACGCGUAAGAGCGAUCUCGACGUGACGAUUGCUACAGAGCGGGCGACCAGCAGACAAGGGCAAGCAGCAGACAUGGCGUCGGACGACGAUUACAUGGCGUUCCUGAACAAGGCCAACAAGGACGCGGACGAGGCGCACGCCAGGGCGUCGGAGACGGCGCGCGGCGGCGGCGGCACGCGGGCGCAGCUCAAGACGUUGGACGCGGGGCAGACGGCGCCCCAGGGCAUCGUCAGCGUAUGCAAGGAGGCCGUGUACACAAGCGACGCGGACGAGCCGUUUGUGCCCGUCUCGCUCAAGUAUGCGGGGGCGGGCAGUCUUCCUGAUGAGGACGAGGCUGCGGCGGAGGAAUUCGCAAAGCUCAUUCAUCACUGGGACGUGGCCCAGGCUGAGAUUACCAUCAUGGACCCGCUGGACUGGGACGCGGAUGGCAAGUACACGGCGGUGCUGGAGGCGGUGCGGGACGCGAGCAAGGGCAACGACGUGCGGGUGUACCGGGUGGUCCGGGACAAGACACGGGUGGAAUACUGGGUGGUGACGAGGGAGAGCGAGCGGAUCGUGGGCGCCAAGGCGCUGGCCAUUGAGUCGUGA